AUGGAAGGGGAGAAUACAACGGAGCCGCCGUAUACGGCGGCGACAUCUACGGGACAGGGUAUCUUCCCCAGACCUUCUCCAAGUGACUCAGUAUUGGCUACAGCUUCGAGUAUCUCUCCAGACAGUAAUUCUCAAUCGGAGCUCAAGGAGCAAUCCUCUAUGUCUAUUGCUACUACAGCUUCUGUGUCUCACUCAGUUCCAUCUUCUGUUACUCCACAAUGGAAUUCGAACCCGCCUUUUGGUAGACCAGGAACACUCGUCCCUCCUGGACUCAUGACAUCACCGCCUGCUUUUCCUGGUUCAAACCCUUUCUCUUCAACUCCAAGACCCGGCAUGUCUGCAGGUCCUGCUCAAAUCCAUCCUGGUGGUAUUCAUCCGAACAUGUAUCCUCCAUAUCAUUCAUUGCCUGCAAUGCAUGGAACGCCUCAAGGAAUGUGGAUGCAGCCUCCCCCUAUGGGUGGUAUUCCCAGAGCACAUUUUCCUUCAAACCAUACUCCUUUUCCUGGUUCUUAUCCAUUUCACGUUCGUGGAAUCUCUCCUAACGUACCAUAUUCUGGCUCUCAACCGCUUGGGGCCAUUCCAAUGGGAAGCGCUGGCACUAUUCAGGCGUUACCAGGUCAUCAGCUUGAUAUUUCUCCCGGACAAAAGACAGAAGCACUCGUAGGAAUCGAUGACAGAGCUGGUUCUCAGCUAGUAGGAAAUCGGGUAGAUGCCUGGACUGCACAUAAAUCAGAAACCGGAGUUGUUUACUAUUACAAUUCGGCGACAGGGCAAUCGACCUAUGAAAAGCCUCCUGGUUUUGAAGGGCAGCCUGAUAAAGUACCGGUGCAGCCAAUUCCUGUUUCUAUGGAGAAUUUACACGGGACGGAUUGGGUUCUUGUGUCCACAAAUGAUGGCAAAAAGUAUUACUACAACAAUAAAACAAAGGUAAGCAGCUGGCAGAUUCCGGCUGAGGUGAAAGAUUUGGUGAAGAAAACAGAGGAGGGGUCUAUGGAGAGUAUAGCUUCUGCUCCAAUUGCGAAUUUAAAUGAAAAGGGUUCUGAUCAAUUAAGUUUGAACGCACCUGCUAUCAGCAAUGGUGGUCGGGAUGCCACAUCUCUCAGAACUACAAAUAUUCCUGGGCCCUCAGCGCUGGAUUUGGUUAAGAAGAAACUACAUGAUUCUGGAGUGCCUGUCUCAACUACGACAACAUCUGAAGCAAACGGUGGUAAAGCAAUUGAGGUCACACCUAGUGGAGAAAGUGGAAAUGGUAUUGGCAAGGUAAAAGAUGCUCCUGGAGAUGGUGAUCAUUCCGAUUCUUCUUCAGAUUCCGAAGAUGAAGAUAGUGGACCAUCGAAGGAAGAGUGUAUCAAACUGUUUAAGGAAAUGCUUAAGGAAAGAGAAAUAGCACCGUUUUCUAAAUGGGAUAAUGAACUGCCAAAAAUUAUCUUUGACCCUCGGUUUAAGGCAAUACCAAGCCAUUCUGUUAGAAGAUCUUUAUUUGAGCAGUACGUAAAGACGCGCGCUGAGGAAGAACGUAGGGAAAAGCGUGCUGCUCAUAAGGCAGCUGUUGAAGGUUUCAGGCAGUUGCUGGACGAGGCAUCUAAGGACAUUGAUCAACACACUGAUUAUCAUGCUUUUAAAAGGAAAUGGGGGAAUGAUCCGCGGUUUGAAGCACUUGAGCGGAAGGAGAGAGAAGCUUUGCUGAAAGAAAGGAUCCUUUCUUUUAAACGGACUGCUGAACAAAAGGCGCAAGAAAUCCGCAAAGCUGCGGCCUCUGAUUUCAAGACAAUGCUACGUGAAAGAGAAGUGUCAAUAUAUUCACAUUGGUCCAAGGUGAAGGAUAGCCUGAGAAAUGAUCCAAGGUAUAGAUCUGCUGCGCACGAGGACAGGGAGGUCUUCUUUAAUGAGUACAUUGCGGAAGUAAAAGCUGCACAAAGGGGAGAUGAUCUUGAGAUGAAAGCCAGAGACGAAGAGGAUAAACUAAGAGAACGAGAGCGGGAGUUGCGGAAACGGAAAGAAAGAGAAGUACAAGAGGUGGAAAGAGUACGACAAAAAAUUAGAAGGAAAGAAGCAGUUGCCUCUUAUCAAGCUUUGCUAGUGGAAAAGAUCAGAGACCCUGAGGCAUCCUGGACAGAAUCUAAGCCGAAACUUGAAAGGGAUCCUCAAAAACGUGCCUCUAAUCCAGACUUGGAUCCUGCUGAUAAAGAGAAGCUAUUCCGAGACCACAUCAAGACAUUGUAUGAGCGGUGUGCCAAAGACUUUAAAGCUCUUGUAAUUGAAGUCUUAUCGUCGGAAGCUGCUUCUCAACAGACGGAAGAGGCAAAGACGGUGCUUAAUUCGUGGUCAACAGCUAAAGAAGUACUCAAACCCGAUAUACGAUACAGCAAGAUGCCCAGAAAUGAUAGGGAGGUCUUAUGGCGACGAUAUGCUGAUGAUAUUGUGAGGAAACAGAAACAAGAAAGCCAUCAAAAAGAAGAGAUUACAAGACCUAAAAACCGAUGA